GUUUCAGAGUUUAGCCGGUUCCCUAUGAAACUAAUAAAAAAGAAAUUUACCGUGACGUAAAUCGUGUCCACAUUUGUGAAAUAUCGACAUAAAGGUAUUAAUUUAAACAUCGAACAUCCCUAUCAAGUGUUUUGGAUCAACACGCUUCAUUAUUAUUAAAUAGAACAUUCUCUACGAAAUAUAUUUAAUUAUUCGUGAUUGUGACUCGAAAUCAUGUCGGGAAAAGGUAAAUACCGCGCCAACCGCCAUCGCAACCAACACACAAUAUCUGCCGUUGCUAAGAACACAGCUAGCUCAGUGUCUCCGGAUAGUCCUAUACUGUUGAUGUUUAAAGACAUAGCUAAAAGACUGAAUGAACGCCAAGACAGACAUGAAAGGCUCUAUAAACUGUCCAGAGACAUCACUAUUGAGAGCAAAAGAAUAAUAUUUCAGAUACACUCAGCUGUUACCAAAGAUGCGAUCACCACUGCUGUGUCAGAGGCUGAAGAACGCCUUACGAAGCUAAUCCAGGGUCCCAUUAAAGGUAUCGCUUUGGAACUGGAGAACAGUCCAGCUCACCUGCACUCAAGGGCUGUUACUGCUGGUUUUCAGGAGUACAUAGAGGCUAGAACUUUCUGCUCACUGAUGGGUCAGAAUAAAAUAAUCACAUAUCCAGAAGUCCAGAAUGAGUUUGAAUAUAAAGUUGAAAAUGACGAAGGAGAAGAACGGAAGGUGGUUACAAUGCUGCCACAUUUGGAUUACUUCUUGGGACUAGCUGACCUUACUGGGGAGUUGAUGAGACGCGCUAUAAACUGUAUCUCAAGUGGUGAUAGUGAAGAAUGCUUUACUCUUUGCCAGUUGUUGAGAGAUCUCUACACUAGCUUUAUAGGUCUAAUUGGCAUGGGCCGCGAUCUGGGUCACAAAGUGAACACAAUGCGACAAAGCGUCACAAAAGUGGAGCUAGCUGUAUACGCGCUGCGUAUUAGAGGGGGCGAAGCGCCACCACAGCUGUUGCUUGCGGGCCAUCCCCAAUCUGGCCCAGAUUGGGACACAGUGGGCAACAACUCUGAUGAUGAAGGAUUUUAUUAAAAGAAUUUUUAAUAUAUUCAAUUUAUUCAUUAAUCAACAUCCAGUUUUCUAUUUGAAAUGAUGAGUUCUUAAGACAAAAUACAGCAAGUUGGAUUCCAAUUACUGGCCGUUAGGGUUUGGGAUUUCCAAGCACAUAUAAAGCAUGAACAAGAUUCUGUUUUGAGUUUUGUAACAAACUUAUUUCCAGGCAUCAAUUGAACUGAUUUACAUACGUAUUUCAUAGUAGUAAUUGCAAUCAGCAUUAGCUUUCAUAAAAUAUGUGUUUAUUUGCCUUACUAUUUUUUGCUGCUCUAAAAUGCAGCUUAGAUGCUGGAUGGAAAUAAAGUGUUUGAAAGCAA